AGGGAGGGAGGGAGCCGCUCAGUUCGUGCCCGGGCGCCGGCCACGGCUUGGAAGGGUCUCCGUGCCCUGGCCCUGAGCAGCUCUGCCACGGACUCCGGCAGGCUCCGGGAGAAGACUUGGGGCGCCCUGCCCGACCCGAUCGGACUUAAGAAGGUGACCGCCCUGCUUUCCCUUGCUCCUUCCCGCCUCCUUCCCCCUACUUAACUUUUUUGUCUCUGCUCGCUCGCCCGCAGCUCUCUCCCCGCAAACCGACCCGCUGCUGUGCCGACCGCCCGGGGCAUGGGCCCCCCCACUCGGCUCCCGGAGGCCCCGAGGCGCCGCAAGAUGUGAGAGGCCCGCGGCGGGCAUAGCCAGAGCUUGGGGAAGAGGCGCUGCGUAGCCCCCAGCCUCUACGCGCCCGGGCGAGGUGGCGGUGCGCGCUGCGCCCCCGGGGUGCUGAGCGUCGGGGAGCGCCCGAGCCGGGGGCCGAGAGGAGUAGCUGGCCGGAGAUCAGGCUGUCAUGCCCUAUUGAUCCCCCGCCCCCUGCCAAGUAUGUUUGGGCUGGACCAAUUCGAGCCCCAGAUCAACAGCAGGAACGCUGGCCAGGGCGAGAGGAACUUUAACGAGGCCGGAAUCAGCAUGAACGCCCACUUUAAGGCCCCGGCUUUCCACGCGGGGGGACCCCCCGGUCCCGUGGACCCCGCCAUGAGCGCGCUGGGCGAGCCCCCCAUCUUGGGCAUGAACAUGGAGCCCUACGGCUUCCACGCGCGCGGCCACUCGGAGUUGCACGCCGGGGGGCUGCAGGCGCAGCCGGUGCACGGCUUCUUUGGAGGCCAGCAGCCGCCGCACCACGGCCACCCGGGCGGCCACCACCCCCACCAGCAUCACCCCCACUUUGGGGGCAACUUUGGCGGCCCGGAUCCGGGCGCCUCCUGCCUGCACGGGGGUCGCCUGCUCGGCUACGGCGGCGGCGCGGCCGGCGGCCUGGGCAGCCAGCCGCCCUUCGCCGAGGGUUACGAUCACAUGGCGGAGAGCCAGGGGCCCGAGAGCUUCGGCCCGCAGCGACCCGGGAACCUCCCGGACUUCCACAGCUCGGGCGCCUCGGGCCACGCGGUGCCCGCGCCCUGCCUGCCGCUGGACCAGAGCCCCAACCGGGCCGCCUCCUUCCACGGCCUGCCCGCUUCCAGUGGCUCCGAUUCCCACAGCCUGGAGCCCCGCCGGGUGGCCAACCAAGGGGCCGUCGACUCGCUGGAAUACAAUUACCCGGGCGACGCGCCCUCGGGACAUUUCGACAUGUUUUCGCCCUCCGAGACCGAGGGGCAGCUGCCUCAUUAUGCGGGGGGCCGCCAGGUUCCCGGGGGCGCCUUCCCGGGCGCCUCGGCGAUGCCCAGAGCCGCAGGCAUGGUGGGCUUGUCCAAAAUGCACGCCCAGCAGCAACAGCAGCAGCAGCAGCAGCAGCAGCAGCAACAGCAGCAGCAGCAGCAGCAGCACGGGGUGUUCUUUGAGAGGUUCGGUGGGGCCCGGAAGAUGCCCGUGGGUCUGGAGCCCGGGGUCGGCUCCAGGCACCCGCUCAUGCAGCCCCCGCAGCCGGGCCCGCCGCCUCCGCAGCAGCCGCCUCCGCAGCAGCCUCAGCCGCCGCCGCCGCCGCAGCAGCAGCCGCCGCCGCCGCCGCCGGGGCUUCUGGUUCGGCAAAACUCGUGCCCGCCCGCGCUCCCGCGGCCCCAGCAGGGCGAGGCGGGCACGCCCAGCGGCGGCCUGCCGGACGGGGGCCCCAUGCUGCCCAGCCAGCACGCGCAGUUCGAGUACCCCAUCCACCGGCUGGAGAACCGGAGCAUGCACCCGUACUCCGAGCCCGUGUUUAACAUGCAGCACCCCCCGCCGCAGCAGGCGCCCAACCAGCGGCUGCAGCAUUUCGACGCGCCCCCCUACAUGAACGUGGCCAAGAGGCCGCGCUUUGACUUCCCUGGAGGCGGCGGCGGCGGCGGCGCGGGCGUGGAUCGCUGUGCCUCGUGGAACGGCAGCAUGCACAACGGUGCCCUGGACAACCACCUCUCGCCCUCGGCCUACUCAGGCCUACCCGGCGAGUUCACGCCGCCUGUGCCCGACAGUUUCCCCUCGGGGCCACCCCUGCAGCAUCAGACCCCGGACCACCCAUCCCUGCAGCAGCAGCAUCAGCAGCAGCAUCAGCAGCAGCAGCAGCAUCAGCAGCAGCAUCAGCAACAGCAGCAGCAACAGCAGCAGCAGCAGCAGCAGCGCCAGAACGCGGCCCUCAUGAUCAAGCAGAUGGCGUCGCGCAACCAGCAGCAGCGGCUGCGCCAGCCCAGCCUGGCCCAGCUCGGCCACCCGGGGGACGUGGGCCAGGGCGGCCUGGUGCAUGGCGGCCCGGUGGGCGGCUUGGCCCAGCCGAACUUUGAGCGCGAAACCGGCGGCGCGGGCGCGGGGCGCCUGGGCACCUUCGAGCAGCAGGCGCCGCACUUGGCGCAGGAGAGCGCGUGGUUCCCGGGGCCGCACCCGCCGCCCGGUGACCUGCUGCCCCGCCGGCUGGGCGGCUCGGGGUUACCCCCGGACUGCGGCCCGCACGACCCGGGCCUGGCGCCGCCCCCUCCGCCGCCCGGGGGCUCCGGGGUGCUGUUCCGGGGCCCUCUGCAGGAGCCGCUGAGGAUGCCCGGGGAGGGCCACGUGCCGGCCUUGCAUUCCCCGGGCCUGCAGUUUGGGGGCAGCCUGGGGGGUCUGGGCCAGCUGCAGUCGCCCGGGGCCGGGGUGGGGCUGCCCAGCGCGCCCUCCGAGCGCCGGCCCCCGCCGCCCGAUUUCGCGGCGCCCGCCUUGGGGGGCCAGCCCGGGUUCCCGUUUGGCGCCGCUAGCCGGCAGGCCACGCCGCACAGCGGCCCGGGCGUGAACUCGCCCCCGAGCGCAGGCGGGGCGGGCGGCGGUGCAGGCGGCGGCGCGGGGGGCGCGGGGGCCGCGGGGGGCGCCGGGGGCGCCUACCCGCCGGGGCAACCCGACUUCCAGCCCGGCCAGCGCUCCUCGGCCAGCAAGCUGGGCGCGCUCUCGCUCGGCUCUUUCAGCAAGCCCAGCUCCAAGGACAACCUGUUCGGCCAGAGCUGCCUGGCCGCGCUGUCCACCGCCUGCCAGAACAUGAUCGCCAGCCUGGGCGCCCCGAACCUCAACGUGACCUUCAACAAGAAGAACCCGCCCGAGGGCAAGAGGAAACUGAGUCAGAACGAGGCGGACGGCGGCGCGGCCGUGGCCGGCACCCCGGGCUCGGAUUACUUCCCCGGGGGGCCUGCCCUCGGGGCGUCCGGGCCCGGGGGCCCCCAGGGUAGCUCGAGCGGCGGCUCCAAAGCCCCGGGGCCGCCCAACCCGCCCCCUCCGGGGGACGGCACCAGCCUCUCCCCCAACUACACCCUCGAGUCCACGUCGGGGAACGACGGCAAGCCGGUCCCCGGGGGCGGCGGCCGCGGCCGGGGGCGCAGAAAAAGGGACAGUGGCCACGUGAGCCCGGGGACGUUCUUCGACAAGUACUCGACGGCGCCGGACAGCGGGGGCGCGCCGGGGGUGAGCCCGGGGCAGCCGCCCCCGCAGGCGCCCCCGCAAGCGCCGCCGCCGCCGCAGGCGGGGCCGGGCGUGGCCGUCGGGGCCGGCGAGGCCCGGGGGGCGCCCACGCCCCACGAGAAGGCGCUCACGUCGCCGCCGUCGUGGGGCAAGGGGGCCGAGCUGCUCCUGGGGGACCCGCCGGACCUCAUGGCGUCCCUGGAAGGGGGAGCCAAGUCGGACAGUAGCUCGCCGCACGUGGGCGAGUUCGCCCCGGACGAGGUGAGCAGCGGCUACGCCAACGAGGACGAGGUGUCCUCCAGCUCCGACAACGCCCCGGCGCUGGCCAAGGCCGGCCGCAGCCCCCUGGUGACCGGCUCGCCCAAGCUGGCGCCCCGGGGCGCGGGCGCGGGGGAGCUCGGACCCAAGGCGCCCGCGCCCGCGCUCGGCCUGGCCGGCCUGUCUACCUCUACCUCCACCCCGGACAGCUACGGCGGCGGCGGCGGCGGCGGCGGCGGCGGGGCGCACCCCGCCACCCCGGGCCUGGAGCAGGUGCGGACCCCGAGCAGCGGCGCCCCCGAGGAGAUCCACCCGCUGGAGAUCCUCCAGGCCCAGAUCCAGCUGCAGCGGCAGCAGUUCAGCAUCUCCGAGGACCAGCCCCUGGGACUCAAGGCGGCCAAGAAAGGGGACUGCGCCGUCGGGGCGGCGGGCGCGCAGGCCGGCGACGCGGAGCUGGGCAGCUGCUGCUCCGAGGCCGUCAAGAGCGCCAUGAGCACCAUCGACCUGGACUCGCUGAUGGCCGAGCACAGCGCCACCUGGUACAUGCCCGCAGACAAGGCCCUGGUGGACGGCAGCACGGAGGACGACAAGACGCUGGCGCCCUGGGAGAAGGCCAAGCCCCAGAACCCCAACAGCAAAGAAGCCCACGACCUCCCGGCCAGCAAGGCCCCCGCAGCACAGCCCGGCAGCCACCUGCAGUGCUUGUCCGUCCACUGCACCGACGACGUGGGCGACGCCAAGGCCCGCGCGUCCGUGCCCACCUGGCGCUCCCUGCACUCGGACAUCUCCAACCGAUUCGGCACCUUCGUGGCCGCCCUGACUUGAAUUGACAAGACCCGCCCUCUUUCCUGACUCCUUGACCCCCGCCCCUCCCGCCUCUCUCCCCUCCCCCCACCUCUCCUGGACCCCUGUCCUCCACCCCCCCUGCUCAUUCGAAAGGGCCACUAUUGCUGAGAGAAUGACUCCCCCCACCCCCCUAGAUUGGUACCUGCUUAGUGGCAUAUGGACCGAAAAGGGUUAAUUUAAAGGGGCGGGGGGAAAACAAAACCUUAAUUUUUUUUUUUUUAAAGAAGAAACUCGUCCACCACACUAUGUUAGCAGUGUUUACCCUUCUGCAGUUAGCAAACCUUUGCUUAAGUCUUUUUCCUGCUAGAGAAUUCCCAGUUUUUCUGUAAUCUUGGCAUACUUUUUUUUUUAGAUGACCUCUUUCCUUGUUUUAUUUUUAUGCUGCUGUAUGUCCAAGUAUUGUUAUUCCAUAAUGAGACAAGAGUUGCUUUCCUUUUUUUUUUGUUUUUGAAAUUCUCUUUUAUUCUUGUUGCUUUUCUCCCUCUUCCACUCUCCUCUUCGCCUCGCCUUCCUCCUCCUCCUCCUUCUCCUCCUCCUCCUCCUCUUCCUCCUCCUCCUCCUCCUCCUCCUCCUUCUUUUGCUUUGUUCACUGCUUAUUAAAAAUGGAAAUCCUGAAGAACAGUCGUUCUGGAAUAUUGCCGGGUGAAAGUCGAGUUGUCAUCACAGCAUCCUAGAUUGACACCCACCUGUCCUUAGGUACCCAGCCGCCCUACUGGGAAGGACUCCCUCGCCCCCGACUGAGCUACUCCGCCCGGGACUUUGUUUUGUCUGCGCCCUGAGAAAAUAGAUAUAUUUUCAUUCCUGCAAACACAUCUGCUCAGCCUGUGAUCUCCGCAUGGUGGACGCUGCGUCCAGCCUGUGUGGGGGACGGAGCGGGAAUGGCCACGACGGAGUGUUCGCGCCCUUCUCUGGGUCUCUGUCUGUGCUGGCCAGUGGCCCCCGCCUGCAUGGGGGGGCACUGUGCCCUGCCAGCUGGCGGAGUCUCGGGGCUCUGGGCUCUGCUGCAGCCGGGCCCGGGGCGGGUUUGGCAAGGAGAUUAGGAGGCUGACUUUUUAGCUCCCCUUGGCGGGGGUGGGAGAAAGAGAUGCGCCCCCCCCCUACUUCUUCCUUGGGGUCCCCAGUUCGCACCCAUUGACGGGGCCUCGAACUUAAGGCGCUUCCUUCUCUCUCCCCUCCCCAGCAGUCUGGGGACAAGGAGGGUUCCCCAGGAGCACUUUUGGAGGAGCCUUCCCUACCUCGGGGGGGGGGGGUGCCUCCUUGCAGGAGUCCCGGGGGAGCCUGUGGAGGGAGAAAGGGAAUCUGAGACUCAAGUGGAGUGAUUGGGCCUUUCACCAAGCAGCCGAGGUGGGCUUGGCCCCUUUUGUUUACUAGAACCCGUGGCCGGCCUCCAGCUGUGGCCCUUGUGCACUGCCCGGGCCAGCCACUUCUCCUUGAAGGGAGAUGUGGGGUGACGGGGCCCGAGCCCGGCUGGAGGAGGGCAUCCGGACAGCCCUGCUCGCUGGACCUUCCAGGGCGGGGGGGGGGGCCCGGGGGACCUGGCAGAGGCAGGAGCCGACACCUUCCGGUGCCGUGGGUGCCCGCAGAGGGCUCGGGUGCCGCCCGGGGCCAGGGGCAGCGGGGACAGACUCCAAUAGGCCCGGAGAAGUGGCCGCUGGCACUGCCCCAGGACUCAUAUCCCUGCCCCCAGGAGUCACAACCCCAAAUUUUUUUCUUUUCUUUUUUUUGUUUUUAAGCAAGUGGCCCGAGAGCCUUGGGCUCACCCUGCAGCACCCACACGGUUCAUUUCAGAGAACUUUGCCGCCAGAAGCGCCUCAGCGAAGGUCUCCUCCCUGCCCGCCCACCCCGGCUGCCUCCCUCUAGCCAGACCCCCGGGGCCCAGCUCGGGGCUGGGAGAGUCUAGUUCCAGGGGCCCACACAGCCUGUCGGGGGUCUCCACCGGAGCCGGUGGGGCGAAGGGGUCCUCGAGCCGGGCGCCAGCUCUGUCCUGGCUCGCCCCCUUCCCCUCACCUCCACCUCCAAAGAAAGGGAAGGGGAGAGAAUUCCCGCUUCCCGCCCGCUUCCGAGCUCACAGCUGCCGGGGAAACGGCCUUUGGUGUUUGAACCGGGAAUGAUUUCUCUCUCGUUGCCGAAGGGGAGGGAGCCAGGGGGCUUGGCCUCUGCUGGGCUCGCCCUCGAGGGGGUGUCUGGGAGAGUAGGGGGGCAGGGGCUUCUCAGCACUUGGCUCUAGGGGGUCCCAGCCACCCCGGAAAGCCCUGAAGUUUUCCACGCGUUUGCUCCCCCACGCCCCCAGGAUGAACAGCCUUGACAGUCCCAAGCAAGAAGGGGUGUGGUUUCACUGGGUUGGGUUGGGGAGGACAGAGGUGAACUGAGCCCGGCCCGGCCCGGAGGCCCCCUCUCCCCCCCUCCCCCCCCACAGCGCUGGGCCCUGCACCGCAGAGCGAACGCUUCGGGAAAGGAAAUGAAAACGUUCUUGCACAUGUAAAAUAUGGAGACUUAAACUCUGCUGUGUGUUACGCAAUCCUGUCCUCUUUUUUGACUCUUUAAAGAAAAUCCAUUUCCGAGAUGCUUGGUUGGAAGACUGAGUCGACAGCUCAGGAAACUGAGUGUUAUUUUUUUCUUUCUUUUUUUAAAAAAAAUAUGUAAAGUGCAGUCUUCUGUAUUCCUGCAUAUUGUAUAUACCUGUAUAUGUUUUCCUGAGCAGCUAAAUAACAAUAAAUAUGACGUUAAUGGUGA